ACAGCAGUUUUUCUGCUGCUCCUCCACCCAAAUCUCAGACCUUAUUCCGCUUCUCUUAAUGGGUGGAACUAAAAUCUCUGACCCAGCAGUUUGAAAGAAGGGAAGGCUCCAGUUUUGUCAAAUCGAUUCGAGAGAGACCAUCAUACAGAUCGAAAAUACUCCCUUUUUUUCCCUGUACGAGCGAGCGAGCUCCAUGAAUGCGCUACGGUUCAGCUGCCGGCAGCUCCAGCAAUCCGGCCGUGCCACUUCCAAAGCCAUAACAGGGGUUGCCUCCUUCAGUGCCUACUGUAGAAGUAGAACUUCCCCUCCCGCUCUUUCUUCGGCUUCACCCGACUCGUUGGCCAGUAGGGUAUGGAGGUCAGGCCAUCCGUCAAUCUCCAUUGUUAAGGUGAUCGAGCAAUGGCUCGACGAAGCCAAACAAGUGAAGCAAUCUGAACUCCAGCAACUCAUCAGGGACCUCCGCCGCCACCGCCGCCAACACCAAGCUCUCCAGUUAUCGGAAUGGAUGAGGGAUCAAAGCUGCUACAAUGAUUCUCCUGGAGACAUUGCUGUUCGUUUGGAUUUGAUCUCAAAAGUCCGAGGCUCGGAGCAAGCAGAGCAAGCAUUCGAAGCCAUUCCCGAAAACAUGAGGAACUUCCAAGUCUAUGGCGCUCUCUUAAACUGCUACUCGCGGAAGAAAUGCGUGGAGAAAGCAGAAGCCACCAUGGACAAGAUGAGGGAGUUGAAUUUUCUAAAAGCCCCACUUCCAUAUAACGUAAUGCUGACACUCUACUUCCACACUAAGAACCACGAGAAGCUCGAUGCCCUAGUGAAAGAAAUGGAAGAAAACGGCAUUGCUUGCGGUAUCUACACCUACAACAUCCAGUUGAAUGCUUAUGGUGCAACUUCCAGGUUUCAGGAAAUGGAGGAACUUCUGGGCAAGUUGGAAAGAGACACAGUUGCCACGGUGGACUGGCAUUCUUAUUUCGUUGGGGCUAGUGCUUACCUAAAAGCUGGAGAGAAGGAAAAGGCAGUGGCGGUGAUGAAAAAGCUGGAAGGGUUAGUUACUCACAACUCCAGGAAAUUCUGCUAUGAAGUUCUUAUCACUUUGUAUGCAAAUGCUGGGGAUUUGGAACAGGUGUGUCGUAUAUGGGAUCUGUACAAGCAAAUGGGGAAGAUUUUCAACUCGGGUUAUCUAUGCAUGAUAAGUUCGCUCCUGAAGUUGGAUGAAAUUGCUAGAGCUGAAAAUGUCUGGGAGGAAUGGUUAUUGAAGAAAAGAUUAUAUGAUGUUCGAAUAGCGAAUCAGAUGGUCAUAGGUUAUUCGAGGAAAGGUCUCUGGCGGAAAGCUGAGGCACUUGUGAGCCAAAUAACAGAGAAUGGUGGAAAUCCAGAUGGAGUCACAUGGAACUGUUUGGCUGUAGGAUAUUGUGUUGGUGGGAAAAUGGACGAUGCGGUAGCAGCAUUGAAGGAAGCAGUAACUGUAAAAAUGCCGGUUGGACAUAAGCUGAAGCCUGAAACUCGUACUAUGGCUGCUUGUAUUGAGCAUUUGAAAAGUCAGGGGGAGAUAGAAGCAGCAGAAGAGUUUUUGGAGAAAGUUGCAGAGGAUUGUCACUUUCCAGUCGCUGCUCUGAAUAGGUUGGCAGGUUACUUGAAAGAUGAAAGCCAGAACGCCCUACCUCUGGACGAGAUGGGAGCCGAUAUGCCGACUCUCGGUGAUAAAGAAACAGCACAGUAGCCAUGGGGUUCAAGCAGUAGGAUAGCAUCAAAUAAAUGACUAUGUGGUCCUCGGGCUGAACUCAUAGUUGGAUUGCAGAGGACAUCGGCAGUGGGCAGCGGCUGUAGUUUUGAAUUGAGGUCUAACUUUGGUAUGGUAGCCUGAUUACAAAUCAUCAUCUUAUUAUAUAAACGUGUAUUCAGCUAGCAUCAUUCAAAUUUUACGAUAAGAUGAUGAUUUAUGUCAAAUUAUAUACCUUAUGCCAUGCAUCGAGUAGGGUUUCUUAUUGUCAACCAGUCAUCCUUCCACCAAAGAAGUGUGAUGAACUGAUGAUGCCCACACUUGACCACUCAUCUGUGUGAUUUUUCUCCAUCUCUAGCAUAGGGAUGGCAACGGGUUGGCUCGGGGCGGAUAGUGCAUAUCCGUUACCCUACCCAAAAUAGUUCGGUUUUUACUCAUACUCACAUAAGAAAUGGGCCGAAAAUCAAAACUAUGUCUAUUU